AUGGCUACUACUUUACAAGUAAACGCAGAUGAUGAUUAUGAGGAUGCUGUAAUAGGUACAUCCAGUAGUGAUGUUAAUGGUCAUGAUGACAUUAAUAAUACUAAAUCAAAGGAUCAGCGCGUUUUUGUAGUUCAACGAAGUCUGUUAGAUGAACAGCAGUGGUAUCAAAAAUUAGAAGCAGUACAAAUGUUUGAAAAGAUAGAAAAUAUCCUGCACGAAGUUUGUGAUAGGAUGAAUUUGACUUCUAAAAUAGAUCCAACACUUAAAAAAGGAGCACCAACAACUGAGAAACUUUCAUUAGUUCAACGAACAGGGACUGAAGUAUUUAAAUGUUCUAUAAUAUUGUUUGGCGAGAGCAUUUUGCAGACGGAGGUGACACUAAAAUAUCCUAAAAUGUCUGGUGGUGUGUAUCGUGCUAGUGCGCAACCUGAUGUGCAGUGGAAGUUGCAGCAAUUACAAGAUGCAGAUAAUUACUGUAUUCGGGCGCUCCGAACUGUUUCUAGGGGAUUAAGGUGGAUUAAAAAUACAAAACCUGCUAAUGAUGCGGAAAAGGUUUCAUCCACUAUCGUCGAUAUCUGUUCUCAGGUAACUAAUCUGAUAGUACAAGCACGAUCGACAUUGUGUAUGCCUAAAAAACGUACACUGCUAGAACUAUGUAAUUCACCGAUAACUCGUUGCUUCAAUCCACCACUACCACCUGAUUUGGUUUUUUCGCAUUAUAUAAGCUCUAAUCGAAUCGUUUGUGCUGCUUAUCAAGUUACAUCAAAAGCUAAUGGCGUUCAGGGUUUGACAGUUACUUUAGCAGAUUGUUUUCUCCCUCAACUUGAAGACGUUCUACUGUUAACAGAUCGAGCGCUAAAUAUUGGUCAGAAAUUCAGUCACCAUAUGUGCAUGCUAAGAGAACGAAUACAUGCAUAUAACUGCAUUUGA